CCCAUUGCAGUUGUUUUGCGUUUAUUAACAGUUGAGAUUUGCUCAAUGUCAAACUUUGUUAUGUAUUCUAAUUUUGUGAAACACUGGAUUAUUUUUAUUUUUUUUAAAUGUUCUGUCAUUCUACUACAAUCAAAAUUGGAAGAAAAAAGAUUGAACAUUUUAAAUAUUUCAAUUCGAGUGUGGUGACCAAAUAUAAUAUAUAAUAAUAUACAAGUUGUAGUUUUUGAAACAAACAACAACUGAAAAGAAAAACUUUCCCUAAGAAGCCAAUUUAAUUUUGUGGGAGCAAGCACCUGCAUACAUCACUAGGAAUUAAACUAAUGGGGGGUGAAGCAGAAAUGAAAUGAAGGCAGAGAAUUCCUUUAACAAACUAUGGACUCUGGGGAAAGAGAAAGAUUAAAUCCCAAGAUUUAAGAGUCAGUAGCAUGCAUAAAAAUGAAUUAGGGGCAGGCUUAACUGCAGCUGCCAUGCGGCAGUUAUGUAAAUGUAUAUCCUUGAUUAGUAGAUUACCUCGAUCCAGUUGAGAGGAUAAGGAGAGUCCUUAUACCGUUUGUGGGGUUACACAGAGUCACUAAGGCAACCUAGCUUUCAAAUGGACAACGUGCUCUCCUCUAAAACGAGUUAAAACUGAAUAUUUGUAACCAUGAUCUUAUUCACAGUCCAAAUAUUGUGGAUGUGAUUAUGCAAAUAUUGGUCACUGUGGCUCACACCUUCUUGUGUGUGUUUUUUUUUUCUAUCUACCUCUCACAUUCCCAAAACAUGCAUGCUGGGCUAUUGAAGACUAAUCUUCAAUAAUCUGCAUUUUCAUGUCUGUGUGUACAUCUUGUGGUUAUUGACAGACCCAAUGUAAUUAUUGACAACAGAUCAUUGAAACUAAAUUUGGCUUUUGACUGAGCAUGACACUUGCUUUUGGCUUUUACUGUUUUUGAUUUUUGUGAAUCAUGUAUGGUUUUGACUGUUUGUAGUUGUAUGGUGUAAUUCUUGCUCCAUGUACAGCACUUUGUAUGCCGCGGUGGUUGUUUUACUGUGCUCUACACAGUUGAGUUGAGAAACUAAGUUACACUUGGGAUCCUUAUACAGAGUGUCUCUAAAGUAUACACUUCCAUAUUUCUGUUUUAUCACUAUUCCUAUGCGUGUUGUGUAACACAACUUACUCAGAAGGUCACUCAAAACUGGGUCUGUUCUCAAGACACCAUGCACAAAACUCCUGGAGUAGGUGUUUGCGCAAAGCCAGGAAGAGUCUCCAUGCAAAGGGCUGCUCUGGAUCGCAGCGUCAAAAAAAGUUCAAUUUAGUGAAAAUGCUUUGGAGAGUAAUAAAGCUUCACUCGUAUUGACUUCUGGUUCAAUUGUGUCAAGGUGAAGAUGAUAGUACUUAAAAACCCAAGCCUGGAAUUGUUUUACCCUUUAGAGAAGUGCCAUAAACCAUCUUAAAAUACCACUGAAAUGCAGUCAGAACCUCUUGCAACGCAUCAAUUAUCCAAUGGUGUUCAAUCUGUGUAUUCUGUUGGAAUGAGUAUUGAGGAAACAGGUCACUUAUAGUUUUUGUUUUGUUUUGAAAACAAAUGACGCAUUUACAUCUACUUGGUUUCACUGUCAAGUUGUGGAUUAUGGGCAAUGAUAUGCUUACAAAAACUGCAAAGCAUAAGCUGUCAAAUGUUAAUGGUCUUGCAUCUGUAUGAUACCUGAAACAAAAUAUAAGGCAGUGCACAGCGACAGUUCCCUGCACGGUUACUCUAAAUUUACUUCACAAAAAUGACUACACAGGAAAUUAGACUCGACGAGGAAGAGGCAUGGUCAGUAACUAUAGCAACCAGGGCUGUGUGAAAUCAGACAUACAGCACUGAAUACGCUUGCUUCACUAUGCUUGAUCAAUAUAUCUUCAGAGAGACACUGAAGUUAGCACUUGGUCUUUUUUAUGGUACAAUUUACAAUUUUCAGUGGCAUGUGUGUGUUCUAAUUUCAAGAGAAGUGUACAAAAAUGAAAAGCAAGUGGAGAAUUCGGCUGAUAGUCAUGCAGCUUUGUUUAUAUAAUGCUUUCGGGAAUGGACAUGGAACAUACUACUCAAUGUUUUUGAGACUCACAGUCGUGACUCAUGCACUGGAUAAUUAUCCUCAGCUGUACAAGAAUGUGGACUUACACAGUAAACAAAUACAUGUUUUUCCUCCACAACGUGGUAUGGAUGACAGUAUAUAUCAUAAUGCCUUCCUCGUUGAUUUCCUAGUCCCCACUGACUACCAAAUGUCAUUAUGAUACCUUUAAUCUGCCAGACGCCAUGAAUAUGUUAAGCCUAUUAUGGCCAGCUCUCAUGGAAUCGGCCCUCACAUUCCAAGGAGCUGGAAAAUAGGCUUAGUGACAUUAUACCAAAGAGAGAAUCCAAAUUUUCUUUCCACUGACGACAUGUGUGUUCAAGGCCAUCAAUUUGAUACUUGAACCUAGCUCUGCAUUUUGUUAUUCUUUGCUUAAUGACUGUGACACGCAUGAAUCGUAAAACGCCACAAAAGAGUUUGAAAGGGCAGGUUUGUCCGAGUCACAAAAUAGCAGGAAAACGUAAAAAUACCUAAGGCAAAACAAUCAAGCGAGUUACUCAUUACCGCUCUGACAUACAUUUACUCUGAGUCAAUACUUCACCAAAAUGAAACCACCCCUCUCUGCUUUCCACCUCAGUGAUUUUCACAUCAGGUCUUCAUGUGGGUUGACCUCAGCAUGCAUGAAAACAAAAAUAAAACCCUCCAUGGUAACACGAUGAUGCCAAUUUAUGAAUGACACAAGUUGUGCAACCGCAAUGUCGCGCAGUUGAAUAAUCAUCCUCCCCUCAUUGGGAUCUUGCUUCUUGUUUUCUGCGCAGCAGCCAUCGGCCUCAUGUGCUUGUGAAUGGCAGACAUGCAGACACAGUGUUAGGGAAGGUGAGCAGCUGUGCGGAAGUAAUGCAACCACCGGAAUCUAGGUCACUCUCACUGCAUGCAUUUUUACGUUGUUACAUUAUUUCUAGUAUGCUACUUUCUACUCUUUUCAGUCAUAGUCUUGUAAAGAGAGGGUCCACUGGAUCUUGAAGUGCUGUCUUAGUGGGUGUAUCAUUGUCAUGGUGAAGAUGUCUGAUGCUUAAAGCAAUGUCUGAUCUUAUGUGAUGACGAUGAUGAUUAUGUCUGAUGUGAUGCUGAUUAUGUCUGAUGGCCACUUAGAUGUCUGCCUAGAUGUCUUACAACAGUCAUCAUAGAAAUACAAAGUAGGAGUAGGAACGUGCACAAUCUAAUGAAAGCCAAUAAAAUAGACUGCGUCAAAUGUUGCUGUAAAGUGAAUAUGUAUCAAUUUUCUGAUUUAUAUAACUGGCCCAGGCACAGAAUCGGAGGAUAAAUUAUUAUUAUUAUUAUUAUUAUUAUUAUUAUUAUUAUUAUUAUUAGUAGUAGUAGUAGUAGUAGUAGUAGUAGUAUGAGUAGUAGUAUUAGUAGAAGUGGUUGCUAGCAGUAGUUGUACUGCUAUUAAAGUGUUGAAAUAGACAAAAUAAAGCGAGCUCUUGUCACGUGGUAAGCGAGGGUCAGAUUGGUGGUUUGAAAUAAAGAAAUUAAAAUAGCUUUUUGACACACGCAAAACAAACAAAAACGAACACGGCAAGAACAGGACAUAGUUAAUAAUCUCAAAGUAAAUCUAAAAAUAAUUACAUCUUGGUCAAAUCUGAUGACGUCACCGUCUUCACCGGCGGUGUCAUUCUUGAACACGCAGUCAGGUGUCGCGCUUCUAUCACGCGAGCGGCGACGCCCGCACCGCUUCCCCUGCGCAUCUUCUUCGCUGAGACACUUUUAUUUUAUUUCUCAUGUACACGCGUGGAUGUGGAAACGCACACUGGAGACUGCUGGCAUUGCGUGUACUCUCUUCCGUCCGGAGCUGCAAUCUCGAUCCCCUUGUGGACGUGAAGCCUAUGCACAUCAGUGGACGUCUGUUUCAAAUUCAGACUCUCCUUCUCUGCAUCCCCCUGCAAUGAUGUAGAGUCGCUGUAAAGAUUAUCAUCAUCAUCAUCGUCAGCAGCAGAAGCACCUGAUUAUCUUCCUCUAGUACAGCACGCCUGCCUCUCCAUGUCUUCCCAGAUUGGUUGGAAGUGCUAUGUCGUCCGCCACACCGCUCGUGGCCCCGCCCCUUAAGAAAUUUGAGAAAUUCUAGGGGAUGGCUGACCCGGUUCAGGCCAACAACGAGGAGCUUAGGAGCAAAAUGAUGGACAUCCAGAUUGAGCUGCAGCAGGAGCGUGGCAAGGUGUGUAAGCUGCGUGAGCGGCUCCAAGAGCAGCGUCAGGCUCGGGAGCUGGAGCAGCACAAGCAUGCUGUGGCACUCACUGACUUGCGCGCCAAACUCCAUGAGGAGAAGCUCCGCGAGACCGCAGCCGCACGCGAAGCUCUGGCACGGCAGCAUGAAGCGGAGCUGGCUAGAACUAUUAAGAUCCGCGACAAUGAAGUACAGAGGCUCCAGGGACUUGUGCACGCCCUGAGAGACGGAGCCGCCGACAAGCUCAAAAAUGCUCUUCUCGGCGAGGCCCGAGAAGAGGCCAGGAGAGCCUUUGAUGGAGAGAGGCUAAAGCUACAACAAGAGAUUCAAGAAUUAAAGGCAGCCAAGAAGCAGGCCGACGAGGCCCUGGCCACUGCAUUGCAAGCUGAUAAAGCCAAAGCAGCUGAUCUGAGGACAGCUUACCAGCAGCACCAGGAUGAAGUGCACCGCAUAAAACGUGACUGUGAGAAAGACAUCCGACGACUGAUGGAUGAGCUCAAGGCCAAGGACCGUGUGGCGUGUGCCUUGGAGAGAGAGCUGGGGAUGCAGGCCGGCUAUGCCCAGAAGCUCCAACUCCAGAAGGAAGCCCUGGGUGAGCAACUGGUUCACGUACGGGAGGCCGAAAGACACAACCAUGGCAGCCCCAAGAGAGAGGUGGUGCCUGGCCUUGGGGACAACUCAGACCUCCUCAACAACCAGGAGACGGAGGAGCGUGACACUAGGAGGUUCCAGCUGAAGAUAGCAGAGCUCCACUCCAUCAUCAGGAAGCUGGAGGACAGAAAUGCACUGCUGGCAGAUGAGAGGAAUGAACUUCUGAAAAGAGUUCGAGAGGCAGAGAGCCAGAUGAAGCCCAUGUUUGAAAAGAACAAACGUCUGUCCAAGAAGAAUGAUGAUGUCCUGCAAACACUGCAGCGAAUGGAGGAGAAACUGAAAAACUUGAGUCGAGAGAACGCUGAGAUGAAAGAAAAAGCUUCCCGUCCUCCGUUGCGGCACCAGACCCAUCAAAACCAACUAAAGCGGCCCAGUUCCCUGACAGACUUAAGCCACGCCCACGAGGAGCAGGAAGUAGAGUUUCUCAAGCUCCAGAUUGCAGAACAACGCAGUAUCAUUGACGAACUCACGCAGGAACGUGAGCGUUUGGCGACGGGCAAAAAGACGAGGCGAAAACCUCUCAAACUAACCAAAAGGCAUGUUGUGGAGACAUAUUUUGGAUUUGAUGAGGAAUCCGUUGAGUCUGAAACUUCCUCUCUGACCUCCUUUAACACUGACUUCACUGACCGUACGCCUGCCACUCCAGAGGAGGAAUUAGAGGAGAGCGUCUCUCGUGAGGAGUCGGAGCUUCGCUUUCGUCAGCUCACCAGAGAAUACCAGGCUCUCCAGCGGGCCUAUGCCCUCCUUCAAGAGCAGACGGGAGGUUCUCUCGAUGCUGAGAGGGAAGCCAGGACGCGUGAGCAGCUCCAGGCAGAGCUCAGCGGAUGCCAGGCCAAGAUCGUUGACCUAGAGAAGGUCCUGGUGGAGCGGGGGCAGGAUUCAAAGUGGGUGGAAGAGAAGCAGCACUUGCUCAGGACGAACCAGGAUCUUCACGAAAAGAUGCGUGCAAUGCAGCAGGCGGAGUCGCGGCUGCAGGCCGAGGUUCAGGAUGCUCGAGACCAAAACGAGCUGCUGGAAUUCCGGGUGCUAGAACUGGAAGAAAGAGAGCGAAGGUCUCCGGCCCUCAAUCUUCACAUGUCUGCAUUCCCUGAGAACAGUAGCAGUUCCCUGCAGGUCUACUGCCGCCAGGAGGGAGUCAAGGAUGUAGUCAUUCCCGAACUAAUGAAGAAACUGGAUAUCCUUGGCGAUAACGGGGUGUGUGAGCAUACUAACCUCCGAAAUGAGGAGCAGGUUGCAGUGAUCCAAGCUGGCACAGUUAUAUCUCUGUGUGAAAAGUGGUUAAAACAGGUUGACAACACAGAGGCAGCUCUCACGCAGAAAAUGAUUGACUUGGAAAACGACAAGGAGCUGUUUAGCAAGCAGAAGGGUUUCCUUGAGGAGGAGUUGGACUACAGAAAGCAGGCCUUGGACCAGGCCUACAUGAGGAUCGAGGAGUUGGAGGCUACGCUGUAUAGCGCUCUGCAGCAGGAGCAGCCGUCAUGCCAGGCGGUGGCCGAGUCGCUGACAGACAGGCAGAGGGAGGAGCUGAGGCUUGCUGUGGACAAGCUGCGGCGUCACAUUCUCCGGCAGAGCCGGCAGUAUGACAGUCAGAUCUUACAGGAGCGUAUGGAGCUCCUACAGCAGGCCCAACAGAGAAUUAGAGAACUGGAGGACAGGAUCGACUUGCAAAAGAGGCAAAUAAAGGAAAUAGAAGAAAAGGUAUUUCUUAUGUCAUAGUGAGGCAAACUGUAU